AUGUCAGAUAACAAAUCACAGCGGAAACCAUAUUAUAAUAACCACUACACAAGACGGUCCCAUGGGUUCGGACUAAUCACGCCACCUUCCAACAUAGUUGUAAGCAGCAAUAAAUUACUGAGUUACGGAAUAAAAAGGAUGGAGGUCAUGUAUUCAGCUUCAAGAUUAACAAAGAGGUUACUUGACUUUCACUUGAAGCGUGGUCGGUGGAAAUCUAAGAAGAGACGGCCUCUGAAGAUCGAUCAGUUUUUAGACAAUGGACUAAAACAUAUUAGGUCUGGAGUAUAUGCGGGAAGCCAAGAUGAUCGGCCUAUUCGCUGUUCUAUGAGAGGUAUUAAGCAUUUGUUCUAUGUUGCACCCAGUAUGCCCUGCAUGUGUAGGUGGUGUACAUUGAAACCCAGUCCAUUGAGGUCGGAGAUUACCCCCUGUUGCAACGAGUCUCCGUACAACGAGCUGACUAUAAAAUGGAGUACAAAUAUUCAUCAAUAUUAUAUUGGUGAGGAGGCGUACGAACGACAGCAUAACACUAUGAUUAAGAUUCUCUAA